AUGGCAGCACAAGAAAAGAACAUGCAAGAGAUAGAAAAGGCGAAGAAGCUCAACCAUGUUCCAUGGGGUGAAGAGUACGAGAAGAUGAUAUCAGGGAUGCUCUACGACUCCUGGACCCGCGAUCUAACCGCCGCCCGCUUCAAAGCCCGCGCCUUCGCCAACAAAUACAACACAUGGUUCCCCCCAGCCUCCACCGACCCCGCAACCGGCUUCGACGUCCUCGCCGCCGAACGCGCAAAAAUGCUCAAGGAAGUAAUCGGCCAUUUAGGCGACGACAUUUUCAUCGAACCACCCUUCAACAUCGACUACGGCUGCAACAUUAGCAUAGGCGACCGCUUCUUCGCAAACUUCAACCUGACUAUUCUCGACUGCUCGCUCGUUACAAUCGGUGCGCGCUGCAUGUUCGGUCCCAAUGUGUCUAUUUUCGCGGCUACGCACGAGACGGAAGUGCAGAGUCGGCGCGAUAACAUCGAGUAUGGGCGGCCGGUUGUGGUGGGGGAUGACUGCUGGAUUGGGGGCAAUGUGGUGAUUUUGCCGGGUGUGACGAUAGGGAGGGGGGUUGGAGGGGGAUGUGAUAGGUUCGUCGUAGUAGACAGGGGAGGAAGGAAGCAACAAGGACUAGCAAGAUUGCAGUAUCACUACCAGCAGGGUCCCGCAAAGAAUGUGUGGAGAGCGCAAGCUAUUUGA